AUGUUUGGACCAGGAAGCCGCCAAAUAGCCCAGGUGCUCCCUUACCUCUAUCUCUCCGACAUUUCGUGUGCAAGCGACGCCGUUGUGAGCCAAGUCGGCUUCACGCACAUUGUCUCAAUUCUCUCGGGUCCGAUCCCCUGGUUGGGUCCCAGCCCGUCUUGUCCAGCAACAGUGCUGAGCAUUACGUGCGAUGAUGACCCAGAGGCGGAUAUAACCCCCCACUUUGACGCCGUCAACGCCUUUAUCCAAGACGCCCUUUUGACGAGCAAAUCAAAGGAUAUCAAGAUUCUCAUCCAUUGUCUCGCAGGUGUCUCGCGCUCCCCGACUAUUUGCGCCGCAUACCUCAUCAAAGUUUACGGCAUGCGCCGCGACGACGCGCUCGCCCUCAUUCGUGAUCGUCGAGAAGUCGUCGAGCCUAACCAGGGUUUUUUACACCAACUCGCCGUCUACGAAGCCAAAGUUCGCGGCACGACACUCCCACCGACCCCGAAUCCACACCUCAUGGGAUCGGGAAUGUGUGCGACCAUGAUGCGCGCGCCCACACCCACGCCAACACCGACAAGUGCGAUUGCAAUGAGCAUGAGCACACCCACGCCAACUCCAACGAGUGCAAUCGGCAUGGGGAUGAACACGCCGACCCCGACCCCGACAAGCGCAAGUUGGGCGCCUUGCAUCGUUUCUGCGCCAACGAGAAACGCUGCACCGCGAAUACGGAUUCCACUCGCUCCUUCUCGCGCAUGGUCUGUCCCCGCUGCAUGA